GUAGGUCCCUUGCAGGAGUUAUAUCUGAGAAUUGAGAUCACUCAAGCGAGAAGUGUUCUACAUCUCUGGUGGCUGAAUUAGAGAAGCGAAUAAGGGAUCAUUGACUAGCCACUGUAAACAGCAGCGGAGGAUCAGAGCUCCGACACACUGAACAAUGGCGGAGACUACGACGCAAGGAAGAGCCGCCCUCUUCUCUCCUUACAAGAUGUCCAAAUUCAAUCUCUCUCACAGGGUGGUGCUAGCGCCGAUGACCAGAUGCAGGGCUUUGAACUGGAUUCCGCAGCCAGCGAUGGCGGAGUACUACACGCAGAGGUCAACUCCGGGGGGCUUCCUCAUAAGCGAAGGCACCUUGAUCUCCCCCACGGCGCCAGGAUUUCCGCAUGUACCUGGCAUAUAUUCAGAAGAGCAGGUUGGGGCAUGGAGGAAGAUAGUGGACGCUGUCCAUGCCAAAGGAAGCGUUUUCUUUUGCCAACUCUGGCAUGUUGGUCGAGCUUCUCACAUAGUUUAUCAGCCCAGAGGGGCCCCGCCUAUAUCGUCCACUAGCAAACCCAUAUCAGCGAGGUGGAGAAUUCUCUUGCCAGACGGGUCAUAUGGCGUGUAUCCAGAGCCUCGAGCCCUGAAAACUUAUGAAAUACCAGACAUCGUGCAGCAUUACCGGCAAGCAGCAGUAAACGCUAUUCGAGCAGGUUUUGAUGGAAUUGAGAUUCAUGGGGCUCAUGGGUACCUUAUCGAUCAAUUCUUAAAAGAUGGAAUCAACGAUCGAACAGAUGAAUACGGUGGAUCACUGGAAAAUCGUUGCAGAUUCCUAGUGGAGGUGGUCCAAGCAGUGGUUUCUGCAAUCGGAGCCGACAGAGUCGCCGUGAGAAUCUCACCAGCAAUAGACCACCUGGAUGCCAUGGACUCUGACCCACUCAGGCUUGGAUUGGCUGUGGUUGAGAGGCUCAACAAGCUCCAACAAGAGUUAGGCUCAAAGCUUACUUAUCUCCACGUGACACAACCUCGAUACACUGCAUACGGGCAAACAGAGUCAGGCAGGCCUGGUAGUGAAGAAGAAGAAGCUCACUUGAUGCGGAACUUGAGGAAGGCUUAUCAAGGGACGUUCAUGUGCAGCGGUGGAUUCACUCGGGACCUGGCAAUUGAGGCUGUGGCUCAAGGCGAUGCUGACCUCGUAUCAUUUGGUCGUCUUUACAUAUCAAAUCCAGACCUGGUCCUCAGGCUCAAGGUUAAUGCGCCUCUGAACAAGUAUAAUAGGAAAACUUUCUACACCCAAGAUCCUGUUGUGGGAUACACAGAUUACCCCUUCUUGAACCAAGAAAGUGGGCCUAAAUCACUCUCGCGUCUUUAAUUGCUCUUCUUGUUUCGGGUGUUGUUUAUAUUAUUGCAUGAUUGCAAUCCACGAAACUUGUCGAAGGGUUCAAUCCCUUGCUCCAGCUUUUGUGGAUAUAUAUAUAUAUAUAUUUUAUAUAUUGAAACUGGUAAUUAUAAAAAUGGUCCCGACUAUUUCGUUA